AUGUGCUUCGGCAAACACAUUCAGAAGAGGCAGCUGGAUAUCCCGGAAUAUGCUGCCAGCUUCGUUGACUACAAGGCUCUCAAGAAGUUGAUCAAGAAGCUCAGCGCGACCCCAGUCAUACACGCCCAAGACCUCACAAAUUCCGGAAGCGGUCUCGCAGACUCCCAAGCCUCAUUGCAAGCAAACAAAGCUACAUUCUUCUUCCGACUAGAACGUGAGCUUGAGAAGGUCAACAUCUUUUACCUACAGAAAGAGGCCGAGUUACGGUUGAAGACUCUGGCGGACAGGAAGAAGUCAUUACAAGCUCGUGGACUGUCUGCUUCAAAGCUGUCUACGGUCUUUGUCACAUUGGAUGAAGGUUUUCGGUUGUUCAACAGUGAUCUCGACAAGCUACAGUCGCGUACGAAAGAGCUGUAUCUCUCACGAGCAGUAGAGAUACAACCUUGCUUCAACAGAGAUGUUAUCAGAGACCUCUCCGACCAAGCCACGUCAAGCUUGCUCGAGCUUGGCGCAUGGGCAGAAGGCGAGAAGAUCGAAUAUGUUCCCAGCGGCGAUCAACAGCAAAAGCCUCAAGCAGGUGCGCAAGAGGACAAUGAUAUUGAAAUGCAAAUGCAACAGGCAGUCAACACUGGUAAUGAAGCACUGAUCAAGGAGUGGAUCUCAAGACUGGGAUCCACAGAUGAGGCAAGAGAACGCAUCAACCGCAUCUUCCUCAGCACAAUCAACGAUGCACCCUUGGAGAUGCAAAAAACCUUACUGGAGACAGAUCUGGUCAACCUGAAUUACGUGGAUGAGAUCAACGAACGUACUUGCUUGCAUGAGCUCUCGAUCUCAGGAAGACUACUCACUCUGACAAUGGUACUCGAGCGUGGAGCAAAUCCCAUAGCAACCGAUAUCUAUGGCCGCAUUCCGCUGCACUACGCUUGUAUGCGCGGCCACGUUGAAGUGGUCAAGGAACUUGUCAAACACGACUCGGCGAACGCAAUGCAGGGCAUAGAGAGCACUUCUCCAGAUGCCGCGCCCGUCGCUGAAAGUGUCGACUACAAGGACUUGGACAACUUCACACCUCUCAUUCAUGGUAUUGUGCAUGCUCGCUUCGCCGCCGUGCAGGCAGUCUUGGAGCUGGGAGCUCGCGUAGACCCGACUAGCGAAGCCGACCACAUUCCUAUUAACCUGGCCUGUCAAUACGGAUCGGUCUCGAUUGUGGAUCUGCUUCUUCAAUACCGCCCACAAAUCUUGCCUGAUGCAGAAGGUCUCUAUCCACAACAUCUAGUUCCUAGAUCAGGCCGUAGUCCGCAGAUACUGCAGAUGUUGAAGAACUAUGGAGCCAACCUGGAUCAACCGGACAAACUGUAUCAGUGGACUCCCCUCUUCCACGCUGCGAGUGAAGGACACUUGUCAUGCCUGCAGGCUCUGCUCGAGUUGGGCGUAGACGUCGAUGCAUUGGACGAGAAGGACCUCUCCGCCAUGUACUACGCUGCAUGGGAGGGCCACCUGGAUUGUUUACGUCUGCUGGAAAAGGCAGGCCACGGCAGGGGAAUUGCGCGUGAAGAACCAACUCCAGCUCCUGCCACUUUCCAAUCCAUCCUCAGCUCAAGUGCACCUAUUCCCGCAAGUGCAGAUAUGGAAGCAAUUCCUGACCUUUCUUUGCCCCCUCCCAUCAUUCCUCUCAGACGCUAUGGUCACAACUUCCUCGACACAACAAAAACAUUCAUCGUCAUUAGCUUCGAUUCUCAAGAUUCCGAAGCGAUCGAGUUCUACGGCGACAACAAAUACCCCGCUGCAAGACUGACGAUAUCGUCCAAGUCUUCAGAUCUCAUCCCUCGCAACAUCCCAUUGCCGAUACAGGACGAAUUCAAGGUCAUCUCUUUCCAGAUUGACAACCUCGACACCUUUUCGAUCGAUUUCGAUAUCUUCCCUACAUUCGGUUCCAAGAUCAUUGCCAGAGGUGCAGCAUCGUCACUGGUGUUCUCACGCAGAUACAGUAGUUCUGGAAACUGGCAUCUGGAACUCUUCGACCCCAGGCUCCGAGCUAUUGGACGUAUCAGCUUCAAAUAUCAAGUGGUCACGCCUUUCCAUGGCAUUCCCAUGGAGAUUACACAAUUUGCUACGUAUUGGAAGGCAACGAGCCAGAUCAGCUCUCAGCCCAACGCACUCAUCACUGGUUCGAGUCUGAGCGGAGAUUACAUGCGUAUCUUCGUACAGGCAACCAAGGAUGGUGUGCCAGUCCUGUACCCCUCGUGGGCUAUGCCAUCGGCACUUGCAGCAUACGGUGUCAGAAAUGACUUGAUCAGCCGUCUGACUUACGAGCAGUUCUGCGCAAUCGGCAAAGCAAAUGGCAAAGGACCUGAAAGCUUGAGAGCGCUGCUUGAUUCGUCGCCUGCACUACUGGCGCAGGGUCUCGCAAAAUGUUGGUGCUCCCUCCGUGACGUGCUUGAGAUUCUACCUCCGCAGAUGCAUCUCGAUGUGCAUAUGCUCUUCCCUACGAAGGCAGAAGAGGAGCUACUGCGACUUGGCCCGACGGGCAACAUCAAUGAGUUUGUGGAUGCUUCGUUGAAGGAAGUGUUUGACCAUGCAAGCCGACUACGUGGAGCCGACGAAGGCUUCAUCAGAUCGAUUGUGUUCUCUUCUUACAACGCCAACAUCUACCCUGUGCUGUUGUGCAAUGACCUCGGCAUUGAACAAGCAAUGUCGGAAGAGGCAGAGUGGCCAUUGUUCAGCAGCGGACGCACCACGACGUCUGUCAAGGAAGCCGUCAGAAUCGCACAAAGCAAUAACUUCAUGGGACUGAUGUGUAGCUCCAGGUUGCUGACGGCUGGACUAGUGUUGAUCGCCGACGUGACCAACUCGACUACACAAGAGCAGGUUGCACGAGCAUCCUUUGACGCGCUGCCAGACGAGGUGGACGGCUACCUCGACAACAACGCAGUUUUGCGAUUCCACGAAAGCAUCGAUAUGUAA